GCGGCGGCGGCGGCGGCUCCCUGUUGAAUGGGCCGGGAGGGCCCAGGUCUGAAGUGCUGGCGGACGCGGCCUCCGGGGGCGCAAGGCGGCAGCAGCGGUGGCGACCAAACGGGUGUUGGAGUUGGCGGCGGCCAUGGAGGGCCUGGCUGGCUAUGUGUACAAGGCGGCCAGCGAGGGCAAGGUGCUGACUCUGGCUGCCCUGCUGCUCAACCGGUCUGAAAGCGACAUCCGCUACCUGCUUGGCUAUGUCAGCCAGCAGGGAGGGCAGCGCUCCACGCCCCUCAUCAUCGCUGCCCGCAACGGGCACGCCAAGGUGGUGCGCUUGCUCUUAGAGCAUUACCGAGUGCAGACCCAGCAGACCGGCACCGUGCGCUUCGACGGGUAUGUCAUUGAUGGUGCCACUGCUCUUUGGUGUGCUGCGGGAGCAGGACAUUUUGAAGUUGUUAAACUUCUAGUCAGCCAUGGAGCCAAUGUGAACCAUACCACAGUAACUAACUCCACCCCGCUGCGCGCAGCAUGCUUCGAUGGCAGACUCGACAUUGUGAAGUACUUGGUUGAGAACAAUGCCAACAUCAGCAUCGCCAACAAGUAUGACAACACCUGCCUAAUGAUUGCAGCCUAUAAGGGACACACCGACGUGGUCAGAUACCUUCUAGAACAGCGUGCAGAUCCCAAUGCUAAAGCGCAUUGUGGGGCCACGGCAUUACACUUUGCAGCGGAGGCUGGGCACAUUGAUAUUGUGAAAGAGCUGAUCAAAUGGCGAGCGGCGAUAGUGGUGAACGGCCACGGGAUGACGCCGCUGAAGGUGGCUGCAGAAAGCUGUAAAGCCGACGUCGUGGAACUGUUGCUCUCACAUGCUGACUGUGACCGAAGAAGUCGGAUUGAAGCUUUGGAACUCCUGGGUGCCUCCUUUGCAAAUGACCGUGAGAACUAUGACAUCAUGAAGACAUACCACUAUUUAUACUUAGCCAUGUUGGAGAGGUUUCAAGAUGGUGAUAACAUUCUUGAAAAAGAGGUUCUCCCACCAAUCCACGCCUAUGGGAACAGAACUGAAUGUAGAAACCCUCAGGAACUGGAGUCCAUUCGGCAAGACAGAGAUGCUCUUCACAUGGAAGGCCUUAUAGUUCGGGAACGGAUUUUAGGUGCUGACAACAUCGAUGUUUCCCAUCCCAUCAUUUACAGGGGCGCCGUAUAUGCAGAUAACAUGGAAUUUGAGCAGUGUAUCAAGUUAUGGCUUCACGCCCUGCACCUCAGGCAGAAAGGCAACAGGAAUACCCACAAGGACCUCCUGCGGUUUGCUCAAGUUUUCUCCCAGAUGAUACAUUUGAAUGAAACUGUGAAGGCCCCAGACAUAGAGUGUGUCUUGCGAUGCAGCGUCUUGGAAAUAGAACAGAGUAUGAACAGGGUAAAAAAUAUCCCCGAUGCUGAUGUCCACAGUGCCAUGGACAACUAUGAAUGUAAUCUCUACACCUUUCUGUAUUUAGUGUGCAUUUCUACCAAAACACAGUGCAGUGAGGAAGAUCAGUGCAAAAUUAACAAGCAGAUCUACAACCUGAUCCACCUCGACCCCAGGACUCGCGAAGGUUUCACCUUGCUGCAUCUGGCCGUCAACUCUAACACCCCCGUUGACGAUUUCCACACCAACGAUGUCUGCAGCUUCCCCAAUGCACUGGUCACCAAGCUCCUGCUGGACUGCGGUGCUGAGGUGAACGCUGUGGACAAUGAGGGCAACAGUGCCCUUCAUAUCAUUGUCCAGUACAACAGGCCCAUCAGCGACUUUCUGACGCUGCACUCCAUCAUCAUCAGCCUAGUGGAAGCGGGCGCUCACACUGACAUGACAAAUAAGCAGAACAAGACUCCACUGGACAAAAGUACAACGGGGGUGUCAGAGAUACUGCUGAAAACUCAAAUGAAGAUGAGUCUCAAGUGCCUGGCUGCCCGAGCAGUUCGGGCUAAUGACAUUAACUACCAAGACCAGAUCCCCAGAACUCUUGAAGAGUUUGUUGGAUUUCAUUAAGUGACUGGAUAUGUAAAAUCGUUUAAUGUGGUGCUAAAAAGUAAAGGACUUUAAUCACA